AUGAGUCGCGAUAUUCUAAACAUAGGGGGUGAGCCUAUCUUCGACGAUCGUAUCGUUAAGAUCGAGACUCACACUUACAACCCAUACGCUAACACCACAUUCGGAUACAGCGAUGAAAUACGAAUACCUAUACAGCAUCAGGAUCUGUACACGUUACCGUGUGAGAGUUUUCUUUACGUCGAGGGAAAAUUUUCAACGACAAAACGAGAUGGAAACACAUCCGAGGAACAACCUCCAAAAUUGUCGAAUAAUUGCGUCGCGUUCAUGUUCGAUGAGAUUCGGUACGAGUUAGACGGUGUGGAAAUCGAUAGAUCUAGAAACGUUGGUAUUACCAGUACGAUAAAAAAUUUCAUAUCGUUAACCACUGGCAGGAGUAUAACGUUAGAAAAUGCAGGAUGGGACGGCACGAUGCAGUUAUUUCGCACACCGCUUUCCGAGAAUUUCAACUUUUGCGUACCACUCAACACACUCCUAGGAUUUUGUGAGGAUUACAAACGCAUAGUGAUAAACGCGCGACACGAACUUAUCCUGAUACGUGCGCGUAACGAUAACAAUUGUGUUGUGGCGCACGAAUCGACGGAACCUAAAAUCACACUAUUAAAGAUACAAUGGAGAAUGCCACAUGUAGUGCUGAACGAUGUCAAUAAAUUAUCACUUUUACGAACGUUGGAAGGUGGACGAUAUCUCAGCGUAUGUUUCCGGUCGUGGGACCUGUACGAAUUUCCUCUGCUGCAAAGCACAACGAAGCAUUCGUGGGCUGUUAAAACAACGUCGCAAUUGGAAAAACCACGACACAUAGAUAAGAGUCUCGUCUGCAAAAUAUUAAGGUAUGAAACAUGA